AUGGCCGGAGAGGGCAGUCCUGGCUGUAAAGCCCCCAUGUGCUUUGCGAGGCUUUUGCAAAUUGGGGUCAUUGACCAGCCGGUGGAUAUUCUCCACCCCGAAGUGUGGGAUAAAUGCACUAAAGCGUUAGCCGAGGAGACGAUGUCCUCGGCCGAGGAGGCCAGAAGCGCCGCGGAGAAACCAGAAUCUGGGGAAGUCUGGGCCGGACCACCGCCUUGCGUGCCCCAAGAUGGCGCCGAGCAGAAAGGCAGAGGGCGGGGCGAGGAUGCCUUUGGCGGGAAUAGGGAGGAAGCGCUAGUACUAACAAGUGCACACAAAAGGCAAGGGGAGGAGAACGGGAAGGAGGAAGGUGGUGGGGGCGACCGGGAAGGGGAGGGGAGCGCGAGCGAAGGGCAGAAAGCCAAUCAGAGCGACCAUCUGAAAAAAUGCCCUCACAGGGCAAACACCCCGCCGAGCAGAGGGCGGGCCGAACCAAGAGGGAGGGGCGAGCCAAGAGGGAGGGAACGGCCCGCCCGCAAGGGAGGCGGGCGGGGCCGGAGCCAGACAAAAAGGUACUGGAAACCGGAAGUAGCCGGUCAGUCGAGUUCCGACUCUGGAUCAGACACCAGCUGGGACGAGUGGCUCGCAACCGAUUCAAACUUAGAGGAGGAAGAGACGGAGAUAAACAAAGUUAAGAGCCAAAAUAUUCCCAUCCGAAUUAAAGAGGAACCGCGGGGAGAAAUCCCCCUCAUGGACUGGAGAAAAAUAAAGAUCGCGUGCGCCGAUUGGGUCCCAUCGGCUGCACUAGCAUUCCCGGUCCGGGUGACGGAAGGGGGACAGAGGGUCCACUCCCCAAUAAACCCUAAGGAUAUACAAACGAUUGUUAAGGCAAUUGCAGAUAAAGGACUUAAUUCGGCCAUGGUCUCCACCCUCAUAGAUGGUGUCUUCGGGGGAGACGAUAUGCUCCCGUUUGACAUAAAACAAACUUGCAGAUUGAUCUUUGAUGGGGCAGGGAUGAUUGUUUUUAAACAAGAAUGGGAGGACAACUGUGCGAGGCAACUGGCCCAAGUAACUGGAGCGGAUCAUCCACUGCAUGGCUCCAGCCUGCAGCGGUUAAUGGGCACAGACCCCACAAUGAUUACCCCCCAGGCGCAAGCCCAGGGCCUGCGGGCCCAUGAAGUAAUGACAACUACUUGUGCAGCCAGAGAAGCUAUUCGCACAGCCUCUAGAGUUAUUGUCAAGCCAUCGCCAUGGUCCACAAUAAAACAAAAUGAAAGCGAGAGCUUUACUCAAUUUGUGGAUCGCCUCCAGGCAGCGGUCAACUCCUCGACCCUGCCCUCGGAAGCAAAGGGCCCAGUCCUUGCAGAUUGCUUACGUCAGCAGUGCAAUUCGGCAACCAAAGAAAUCCUACGAUCACUGCCAGUGGGGUCAAGUAUUGCGGACAUGAUUAAGCAUGGUGGAGACUAGUCCUGACAGGGCGAGGGUAUGCUGCAGUCAGAAAAGAUGGCAAAGUUAAGUGGUGUCCACUUAAGUCUAUUAAACCGGACCUCCAGAAUAAAGCUAAUGAAAACUGUGAGUUUUUUGUCCACAGGACCAUAUCAUCGGACGUCCUCGUGACCCGUACACCCCGGUGGCAGGAGAGGACGACAAAUCGACAAGCAUCCUGUCCGCACCUGGAAGCUCCACACCGGCGGAAUCCAAACAACGGCGACAUAGCCCCCAAAUGGGGGGGGGCUACGAUGCCUUUGUGUGAUCUUGAUUUUAGGGCUUGUCACUAUAAGACAGGUAAAAUCAGAGCACCAUCCCCACCAGCCAUUUAAAAUGGUCCCUCCUUCGAUUUGAGGAUCACCAAGUUAUCGCAACUCAAAUAACACCAGGUGCGCCGAGUUUUAGUGUCUCUCUGUGUCAGCUUGUCCCAAGAGACUGAUGUUGGGAAUACCUAGGAUUUUAUAUGUGUCCCAGCUCGAAUCCUGGGAAGGGGUAUUGUAACUCCCCUAACCAAUACUAUUGUAGUUACUGGGGACGUGAGACCAUUGCCCCUGCUUGGAUACCGGGUAGUGGUAGAGAUAGAUACCUAAAAGUCCAGUGGGGUCCAUAUGGGUGCAUUCCACCGCAAGGAUUCAAAGGACGGGGGAAUUGCCAAUACCUCUUCUUAAAUAUUACCAAGCCCCAAGAGGACAGUUGGUUACUUGGAAGAGUUUGGGGAAUAAGGUACACAGAACUAGGGACAGACAAGGGUGGCUUAAUUCUCAUAAAAAAGGAGGUUGCCCCGAAUGAUCCACUGCCAGUAGGCCCCAACCAAGCAUUUGUUAAUGACGUGGUCCUGACUAUUCCCAAUCAGGACUACGUGACUAAAGAGACCAACAACCAGGAAACAUCGACAGAAAAUUAUAUUACCACACCUAUAGCGACACGCACCACCAAAAUCCCUUACGGAAAUCCUCUCUGGAAAAUGAUGCAAGCUAGCUACCAAGUACUGAACAAAACUAACCCAAAUCUUACGGAGCAUUGUUGGCUGUGCUACGGAAUAAAACCACCCUUUUAUGAGGC